ACGAAAUGAAGGGGGGAAAAAUCAGUGCUUGUUUAUGAAUAGGAAUUUCCUCGAUUCAGAUCUGUGACGUGAGAGGACGAAACCAUCUGUCUGAGCAGCCGCGGGGGAGUCAGGCCAGAUAACACGACAAUUCAACGCAACAAUGCCUCUUACAGCGAGCAUUAUCGCAGCACGUUGUAUUAAUGUCUGUUUUUAAUAUCCGCCACUUUUUACACCUGCCAUAUCGGUGCAGACGGUCAGAACCUGGCAGUUCGUCUCCACGGCCGCCCCCUGCCUGUGAGACCCUCGCCGGGACGGAGACAUUUUUCUGUUUGGAUCAUUCACGGUGAAAGCGGAUGAGCUCUUCCGCUUUGGCUGCAGCCAGUGCCGUCACAGCGGGAGGAUGAACAACCAGAAAUGUAGCACUUUAUUUCAGAAACCAAGAGGACGGACGAGGAUUAUUCAGUGUAUCUAUGUGGUGGGCUUCAUGGAUUUGUUUGGGGUGAGCAUGAUCAUCCCGCUGCUGAGCCAUCAUGUGAAAGCUCUAGGAGCCAGUCCCACUGUGGCUGGUAUAGUAGGAUCUACGUAUGGGAUCUUACAGCUCUUCUCAAGCACAAUAGUUGGCAGCUGGAGUGACGUGGUGGGACGGAGGUACUCUCUGCUGACCUGUCUGCUGCUGAGUGCGCUAGGCUACGGCCUGCUGGGGAUGUCCACUAGCAUCGCUUUGUUUGUCCUCGCACGGAUACCUGUGGGGCUGUUCAAGCACUCCCUGUCAAUCUGCAGAGCCCUGCUGUCUGACCUGGUGUCUGAGUCGGAGCGCCCUCUGGUGAUGGGACACUUUAAUGCCGCCUCUAGUGUUGGCUUCAUCUUGGGCCCUGUGGUGGGUGGCUACCUCACAGAGCAUGAAGGAGGCUUUUAUACCUCCUCCUUUACUUGUGCAGCCAUCUUCCUCAUUAAUGCAGGACUGGUGUGGAUGCUACCGUGGAGCGAGACACUAGUUCACCGCAAUGAUACUAACUCCAGCAACAACACUAGUAAACGCUGUCAUGACAACCACUGUAGUAAGUCUGUACAGAAUGGUUCUCAUACAAAAAAAAACCACGUAUUGCUGGCAGCAGACGCUGAACCGGGCUCCAGAGCUCCAGAGAAGCUUCCAGGUGAUCUCAGGUGGAGGGAGGUGCCUCUGCUCCAGCCUGCCUGGAGACAGCUGUCGUCAGUGGGCUCCAAGAUCCACAUGGUGGCCUCCUCCGACAUGUGGGACCUCUUUCUGGUGCGUCUUUUGAUGGCCAUAGCAAUCAUGCUUUACUACAGUAACUUCUCUCUGGCCAUGGAGGAGCGUUUCUCACUUAAACCAAAGGUGACAGGUUAUCUGAUCAGCUACAGCAGCACCUUAGGGGCCCUGGCUGGGUUCCUGGUGGGGCCAGUCACACAGCUCUAUAAGAAUAACAUGCCUGCUCUGCUGCUGCACUCCACAGUGCUCACCUGUUCACUUAUUCUCCUCUACGCUGCUGCGCCCAGCGUCUGGCAGGUGCUUCUCACCUCCACCUUCUUUGCCAUUUCCACCACCAUUGGACGGACGUGUAUCACAGACCUAGAACUGCAGAGGGGAGGGGUCCAGGCCAGCGGGACUCUGAUCGGUGCCGGACAGUCCGUUACAGCUGUGGGUCGCGUCCUGGCUCCUCUUCUUUCCGGUCUGGCUCAGGAGUUCAGCCCUUGUGGCCCCCCUAGUCUGGGAGUGGUCCUGGCUCUAGCAGCUGUGGGUUUACUACUCAUCAGGAUCCCCAAAUGGGACGGGAGAGGAAUGACAAAAACAGACAAAAAACUCUGAAACUCAGAGCAACUCAAUUAAUUUAAAAUUAUGAUAAAUAAUGUACAUCCACCACUCAGAGAAGUGCUCUUAUUUUGUAGGUGGCCACCGGUGAAGGACUCACAGUGGGAGCAAUGUGUCUCACUCGAGCUUGUUUCUUUACCAACAAAUUUGUGGGUCGAAGUGGCUCCUCACCACCAGCACCGCGGCCCUUCUUUGGGAGAAAGGAUUCAAAAUUCAAGAGCAGCACUGAGAGUGAAGUCAGGGCUGAAACGUUUAAUCAGUUUCCCCCCCUGUGCUGAAGCAUGAUCAGACAAACAUGUGGGGCAUGUACUGGCACAUAUUACUUGUGACAGCUUGAUUGGAAACAAGGUACACUUUGAUUUUUAAUACAACCCUGUAACCACUACAUUGUCCAAAAUUCCCUCAAGUGCACCUACUGCGGAAGAGGAAGGUGCAGGCAGUGAUACUUCAGACGUUCAUAAAUAAGAUGAACCUCUGGGGAAACUGGACUGCCUGAACACAACAUUGUUCUACUUUGGGGUAGCCAAGUUGGUCUACACAGUUUUACCUCAAUACCAGAUGUUUUUUUUUGUUUGUUUUUUUUUAACACACUGCAUCAAAAAUGGUUCCUAUGGUGGUAUAUGAGCGAACUUUUGCUCUAGUUUUUGACACUUGAAUUUUACAGUUUUGUCAGAUUUGAGAUGUGUUAAUUUAUCUUAGGGUAAGCUUAAAUUGACAUUUAAAGAAGUGAUUUGUUGUUUUGUUUUUUUUAAGUUAAGUUUCAAGUGAAUUGUGGGCACUACUGUUUUUAAAAAACCCAAAUAGAUGGAAAGAUGGAAAUUGCUGGAAAUGCAUAUAAAGAAGUCACUGAAUAUUUGAAUAACACGCCAGAUUCAUGCCAGAAAGUCACAAGGAAUAAACCAUGUUUUGUA